CUCGGUCGCGCAGUAUUCGCAGAUACCCCUCUUCUUUUACACUGUACAAAUAAUACUACAACAUGGAGGACGGCGCGCCCAACUUCUCCUACGCCUACGCCGACACCCUAUCGCCAUCGGAACCCUCAUGGAAUCCCGCCCUGCGACCCGAUCACGCCGAAGCCGACCAGAAUAAACCGUUGCAGUUCCAACCCUCGCCCCAGAUCAUCCCUCAAUCCAAACCCGAGCUGGACCAGGGUUUGGAGGACGACGAUGAAUUGCCUACCAUUUCCGCGCCCGUCGCCCCUGCCGCUUCCGCGAGUAAUGAUGAUACCCCUGAGCGCGCUCCCGUCGCGGACGACGACUUCGUCGAACACCUCGCGUCUGCUGCCGCAGCCACGCAUGCGUCGCCGGAAUAUCCUGUCGGUACCAUGAACGGCCACGAUGAGGAUACUACGGUACAACAAGAGUCGGAAGACUCAGGAGAGUCAGACUCGCCGGGAUCGCCGGAAGCUCCCUUGGCGGAAAACUACGAAUCGCAAGCUGAAACGUCGCUAUUGGAAGACGCAGUGGCCGAAAGCGCAAAAGUGCCAUUACUCGAUAGCACUCAAUCUGCCGCGGACGAGUGGGACUCGGGUGAGGUCUUCGAUCUGGGAGGCGUGCCGCAAGAUGCGCCUGUACGAACAGCAACAGAUAUAAUUCCAGAUCCUUUGCAAACCCCGCAGGCUGAAGCUGUUGGCACAACCGUGGGCGACGAUGUCAUUGGCAACACCAAGGUCGGAGGAAACACCGGAGAGGAGCUGGACUGGGGUAACACCGCCGAGGAUGAUUUCUUUGGUGCCGUCGCUGCCAGCCAGCCUGUUCAGGCCGAAUCGCCCGCUUCCGAAGGUCCUGGAGCUCACAUCGUCGACAAAUCUGCAUCAGCUGAUACCGACCCUCUUUGGGAUCUGGACAUGGACGACGACUUCUUGCCAGAUACUGCAGAAGCCCCGAUUAUAGAUUUGGAUGACGACGAGGGGUUUCUAGAGGACGAGUCCGCUCCCGCAGCGCCGCAACCUAUUCAAUCUACGGCCAGCCGAUAUGCCCCUCAACCGACUCAGGCACCACAGUCACCAGCCAAUCCCUAUGGCGUUCAGGGCUCACAGUUCUCAAACUUUACUCAAAUCGAUCAACCGAAAUCUGCGGCCCCUGCCACGCCAUAUGGAGCUUACGCGCAGCCGUCUCCAUAUCAGCAACAGGUUCCUAGACCGUCCAUGCCUAGUUCUUCGGAAAGCUUCGCUGCUAAAGCGAAGGGCGGCUACCACUCGCCAUAUGAUCUACCAGACGACGUCGUAACUACUCGCAAACGACCGGCAGCACGAACCACUUCGAUUCCACAAUCUCAGCCUGCUCCUCCACCACCUCGGAGUAGCAGUAUGUCUGGCAGUGGCGCCUCUCGCCCUCCUCCUCUACCCCCCACCAUGCCUGCUAGUAGUCUCUCCCCACCAUCCUCCGGACACUCAACUCACUCUCAAAUGACUGGUAUGCCGCCACCAAAUGCUGGUCCAAAGUCAGCGUCCCUGGCGAGAUCGCCUUCAAGUGAUUUUUUUGCCGACUUGCCUGUGACCUCGAAACCGAAACCAUCACCACGUUACACCCCACAGCCAUCUCCCCAGCUUUCUCCAACACAUGGCUUCCCGUCCAAGGAGCGAACAGCAUCAUGGUCUUCUUUGCGUAAUGAAUUCCGCCCCGACUCUGACAAUCUCAUUUCACAACUCCAGCAACCGGAACAAUUGCCGGUGUUUCCUGAUCAGCCCUCCGCACCCGUGCGAACAAAUAGCCUUCCCGUUCCUCAAGCCGCGACUGCACCUCCUUCGAACCGAUACUCACCUGCCCCUCCGGCAGCUUCCGCAGCUCCUGCAGCAAACGCGAGAUACUCUCCCGCGCCCCCUUCUGGUCCAGCUCCUCCGCCUGCCUCCUCGAGAUACUCUCCUGCGCCGCCCCCUCCAAGUGCUUCCGCGCCCCCCAAUACUCUUCCUCGCCCACCAAUACAGCCAUAUGCUCCUCGUACGUCUAGUCCACUCGCGUUUCAUACGUCGCCCCAGCAUCAGGGACAAGAACAGCAAGCUACGGCUCAGGAACAGCAUGCCUCUCAUGCAGCACCACCUCUGCAUGCUUUGCACUCUGCUGAGGGCGUUCCUCGUGUUCCUUACAAAACUCCUCUCGAGGGCGUCAGUGAAAGCGAAGAGCAGGCUCAAACUUCGACUCCAGUGCCUCCGCCACCACCGCGAUCAGAAACUCCCCCUCAACGAAGCCGUCCAUCAUCUGCUGUGAGCUCUCCAAGAAAGAGGAGCAACUACGCACCGCAGUAUCAACCUGUCCAGCCAAAUGCUGGAGGCUCUGUUGUUUCCCCGCCGCGGACCCAAUCGCAGUCUCCAACAACUACCAUGAAGCAGCCCAACCGAUCUGCUUCCUACGAUCGACCCGCCUCAUCCCACAACUUCAUGCCGCAGCCCUCAACUUUUGGGGCUGCUAUGGCAGUUCCAUCAUCUGCUCAAAACUUGAACACCAUACCGCCACGAACCCAAGUAGCUCCCGAUUACGAACCCAUAGUACCAACUGAUGAACGUGCGAGCGACCCGCUACUUCGGUGGAAAGGUGCGCCAGUUUUCACGUGGGGAUUGGGAGGGACUGUUGUGACGACUUUUCCCAAGCAAAUACCUCGUUACGGAGGCGGUGCAACCAUGCCAAUGAUGAAAUGCAGCCCUGGUGAAGUGAAGAUCCAGACGAUCAAGGAAAUUCUACCACUCUCGCCUGAGAUCUCCAAGUUCCCAGGUCCUCUCAAGGCGAAGGGCAAGAAGAAGGAAGUUUCUGGCUGGCUCAGCGCACAGAUCGAGGAAUUGGAGAAUCAGUUCAGGACUCCAUCGCUAAGCCAAUUUUCGAAUGAGACGGAUCAAAAGCGCUUCGGCGAGAAGAUUCUGCUAUGGAAGGUACUGCAAGUACUGGUAGAUCACGAUGGCCAUCUGCAUGGAAACGAGGCCGCUGAAGCUGCCGUCCGAAAAGUUCUCUCACCUGAAGCAGAUAAAUCUACAGAAGGCGAAGCGUCUUUUGCAACUGCUGCUGAUCUCGUCGGGAUCACUAGGUCAAACACUGGCCAAGCGCAAGCUGAGCCUGCAAACUCUCGGUCUCUUGAGGAACUUCGAAAUCACCUAACCAAGGGCGACCGAGAGAAGGCUGUGUGGCACGCCGUGGAUCAGCGCCUCUGGGCCCAUGCGAUGAUCCUUUCGUCCACUCUCAGCAAGGAUACAUGGAAGCAAGUAGUGCAAGAGUUCGUGCGUGAGGAGGUCAAGAAGGUUGAUCGUGAUAACCAACCACUCGCUGUGCUAUACCAGAUCUUUGCCGGCAACCAUGAAGAAUGUAUCGAUCAGCUUGUACCUGCGUCCGCUCGGGCAGGCUUCCAGAUGGUGAGCACCGAUGGAGCAAACACCCAGAAUGCUUUGCAAGGCCUAGACAAGUGGCAGGAGUCUCUGUCCUUGAUUCUCAAUAACCGCAGUGAAGGAGACGUAGCCGCCUUGCUUUCCCUGGGCAGACUACUGGCAGGUUAUGGCCGUGUUGAAGCAGGGCAUAUAUGCUUCAUAUUUGCUCGCGUUGUGUGCGUCAUCAGCGGAGUCGACGACCCUCAGUCCGAUAUUGUCUUGAUUGGCGCCGAUCACCGCCAGAACCCACUGGAUCUCGGAGUGGAUCUAGAGCCGGUUCUUCUUACAGAGGUUUACGAGUUUGGUCUUUCGCUAUCAGCCCAAGGAAAUACCCACAUCAUACCCCACCUGCAGAAUUUCAAGCUUGCCCACGCUUAUCGCCUGGCAGAGCAUGGUCUACGCACCGAGGCUCGGGCUUAUUGCGAUGCCAUUGCUGCAGCGAUGAAAGCCACCCCGAAAGUUUCACCAUACUACAAUGCCAGUUUCAUCACGAGCUUGGAUGAUUUGAGCAAUCGCUUAUCUCAAUCGCCCCAAGAUGGGUCAUCCUCCUUAUUUUCUAAGCCGAACAUGGACAAAGUAUCAAGCUCAUUGUUGUCGAAAUUCAACAGCUUCAUCGCUGGCGACGAUGAAAACCGGGCCGCGGGUCAAACUCCGGGUGAUGAGGCUGGGCCUUUUGCGAAGAUUGCUGGCGAUACACCUACUAUGAGCCCAGUCCAGUCAAGUGCUGACCUCUACGGUGCAUACUCUGGAUAUGGUGUCUCUUCUCCCCCUGCCGCUUCCUCAAAUUCCAGAUAUGCACCGUCGAACGCAUCGAACGCGUAUGCGCCAAGGUCAUCGAUGGAGUCUACACGAGGUCGGUACGAACCCGGCGGUCGCCCUUCCUUGGAUUCACUCGAGGGCAGCGGCAAUGCACGAACAGUGUCUGAAUCCCAUGUCAUAUCACCGGGCCUUGCCAGCCCAUACGCUCCGAUGCAAGCGCAGUUGAGCCCGGGCCAUCCAACGCUUACCAAGGCCGCAUCUUAUUCUCCUCUGAGGUCCGAACACACAAUAUCGCAGCCCUCAUACGGUAGUCCAUACCAGCCCGCGUCUGGAUCGGCCGAACCAUCACCCGCGUUUGGAGGAUACCAACCUCUCGCGGCGAGCACCGACAAUGAACCAACUGACCAAGCACCCUCAUCGAGUGGCUACGAACCUCCAAGUUCGUACGAGCCACCAACUUUCACCCCCUAUAACAACAACAAUUCCGAUCAAGAAGACGAGGACGAUGAAAAGCCCAAACCCAAACCUAAAUCGUUCAUGGACGACGACGAGGAAGAUGAUCUAGUAUCUCGCGCGGCUAACCUCAAGAUCUCUUCAUCAUCGUCAUCUACCGCUCCCGCGAACCGUACCGCCGACGCAGCCGUCCUCGCUGCCGCCGAAGCGGACGCAAAACGAGACAAAGAAGCCGCGGCAGCCAAGAAGGGAGGCUGGUUCGGCGGAUGGUUCAAGAAAGACCCCAAUGCUGCACCCGGUCCCAUCAAAGCCAAACUCGGCGAAGAAUCCUCCUUCUACUAUGAUCCAGAUCUCGGCAAAUGGGUCAACAAGAAGGCCGGAGCCGAAGCCGCGACCGCAAAGCCAAUGACGCCGCCUCCCCCAAGAAGCAUCAGUGGUGGUAACCCCCCACCUUCCAUGGGUCCGCCAUCUUCUCUCCCUUCAGGCUCCCAUCUCAGCGCCCCUCCUCGUUCCGGUCUGCCUCCCAAUUCUCGCUCUUCGUCCAUGCCGCCGCCCAUGAGUGCAGGUCCUGCUUCUCGGGCUUCCACGCCGGGGUUGCCUUCCGACAAUGAAGAUGGCAGUGCUCUGAGCGGUCCUAAGCCGCCGGUUCUGACCCGCCCCAGUUUCCCAGGCGCGAGCGGUCCGCCAUCGAGACCUGGAACUGGUAUGAGCACUGCGAGUAGUAUCGACGAUUUACUUGGCGCACCACAGGCUAGGAAAGGACCAAGUGCGAAGAAGAAGAAGGGUGGGCGGUACGUGGAUGUCAUGGCUAAAUAA